AGAGCACCUGCUGCCAUGUGGACACUGGUACCUGUCACCUUUGCCCUCAGGCUGCUGAGCACCUUCGUGCAGCCCCUGGGCUCGCUGGGCAGCAGCCUGGGGCCCCUGUUCCUCUGGCUCUGGGCAGCUUUCUGGCGGGCAGGGGGUGAUAGGAGCCGGCAGCAGCUGCAGGGUAAAACAGAAGCUGGGGAACCCCCGAGGGCACAGGAGGACAGCCAUCUGCCCACCACCCCCACUAGCGUCAAUUACCACUUCACCCGCCAGUGCAACUACAAGUGUGGCUUCUGCUUCCACACGGCCAAGACAUCCUUCGUGCUGCCCCUGGAGGAAGCCAAGAGAGGCUUGUGGCUGCUGAAGGAAGCGGGUAUGGAGAAGAUCAACUUUUCAGGCGGAGAGCCGUUUAUCCACGACCGGGGCGAGUACCUGGGCAAGCUGGUCAGGUUCUGCAAGGAGGAGCUACAGCUGCCCAGUGUCAGCAUCGUGAGCAACGGGAGCCUGAUCCGGGAGAGGUGGUUCAAGAGCUAUGGUGAAUAUCUGGACAUUCUUGCCAUCUCCUGUGACAGCUUUGAUGAGCAGGUCAAUGUCCUUAUUGGCCGUGGUCAGGGAAAGAAGAACCAUGUGGAAAAUCUCCAAAAACUGAGGACGUGGUGCAGGGAUUAUAAAGUGGCCUUCAAGAUAAAUUCAGUCAUCAAUCGCUUCAAUGUGGAAGAAGAUAUGACAGAACACAUCAAAGCUCUGAACCCUGUCCGCUGGAAGGUCUUCCAAUGCCUCUUAAUUGAGGGUGAGAAUGUUGGAGAAGAUGCUCUGAGAGAAGCAGAGCAGUUUGUUAUCAGCGACGAAGAGUUUGAGGAAUUCUUAGACCGCCACAAAGACGUGUCCUGCUUGGUGCCCGAGUCUAACCGGCAGAUGAGAGAUUCCUACCUUAUUCUGGAUGAAUAUAUGCGCUUCCUGAACUGUAGAAACGGGCGGAAGGAUCCAUCCAAGUCCAUCCUGGAUGUCGGGGUAGAAAAAGCCAUAAAAUUCAGUGGCUUUGAUGAAAAGAUGUUUCUAAAGCGAGGAGGAAAAUAUGUAUGGAGCAAGGCGGACCUGAAGCUGGACUGGUGAAGCUGAGAGCUGAGCGACCUUCUGCCACCUGGUGGGACCAGACCGGGACUGGAUGCAGCGGCCCCAUCAGCCCCGCUUCAGGUUGGCACUUCUCAGGGGCCCAAAUCCGAUUUUCAGUUGCACCUGGACUCUGAUUGCUUGUGGUCACUGAGCACAUAACUCAGAUAAUCGAACUUCUUACACCAUGCAAGACCAUUAACUUUCGUUAAUUAUUUUAUUUUGGAUUUGAUUUCUGAGUAGUGUUUACUGUAACCCCUGUAUUUCCAUUUUGAAGUUGUUUUCCUGUCUUUUUAUUUGAUAGUUUCACUUCUGGAAAACUUACAAAUGAUCUCCUCCCUGUUUAUAUCCGUUUGGGGGGGGGGGGCCUUUCCUUGUCUGCCCUCAGAUAUCUGCGAUCUUGGGCUUUUCACCGGGAAGUUUAGAAAUAGUCCACAGAUGUUUCAAAGAAUGAGAUGCUAAUAUCAGGUUGAGUGAGUACCUGGGAGAAGAAACCCACGUGUGGGGGCUUCUUACAGCCCUGGCCCAUGGGGACUAUUUCAGGAAUGUGAACCACCUCUGUUCCUGCCCUGUCUUUUCCACGAUUCUUAGCAAAACCAAGACACACUUUACAAUUCACGAUGAAGUUGAGAUGGGGGGUGCUGUGUGAAUCUCCUGAGUCUGUCAGGUGACAACGUAUGAGUUUAUUUGCAUAGAUGGUUGUGCCCAUGUCCCUGAAAAGUGACAGCUUACUGGACUGGCAUGAGCUGUUUUGCCCAAGCAAACAUGAGGAAAGGGUAUGAUGAAGAGCAGGAUGUACCUGAAUUCUCUGUAAGUGACACUGUGGCACAACAUAGUAUUUCCAUUUCUCACUUAACUCUGAAUCACUUGAAAUAAGUGAUGUCAAGAAAAUAUAGGUCAAUAUAAGAAGAUCCAGUGCAUUCCUUUGCUGGCACUAAAAAAGAGCUUGAGGAAAAAUGUCAUUUGAACUGGGUCAAGGAACAAAUUCCUCGCCUAGUGGAAAUGCCACAUGUGGUGUAUUUACGGAACCUGGACAGUACCCCAUUGCCUGGAAAAUAAUCACUUCCUGUCGUUGUUUUUAAAAAAGCAAAAGCAUGGACAAUUUUUUUGCUUUUAAUUCCACUGCCAUUCCAAUGUUGGACACUAGGUGGCAUUUAAAUGUUGCAAGAUUCUGUUAAGCCACCAUGCGGGAAUUCUACUUCAGAAUCUUUUUUCAAGACUUGGUGAUUUCAAAAGUUUGGUUUGUGUGAUUUUUUUUUUUUCUCCCAGAAAGGAUAUUCCUACUUCAAAUUUAAUUGACUGUAAUUCAGCUGAAAUAUGUUUGUGCCCCAUCCACAACAGAAUCAUUGUCAGGCAUUUUCCAUUUUUAUUUUAUGUUUUUAAGGAAAAAAGUGAGUUAAGAAGGUAUUUUCCCCAUGGGUCUGGAUGUAUGAUAAAGUCAUGAUGGCCUAAAUAUAAUCCAUAUAAACAUAAAAUAUUUUUUUUCUUAACAUGGGUGUAUUUUGCUGAUGUUCACAUGUGAAAGCCAGAAGACCUUGUCUGCUGUAUAGUAGACACCAGUUGUUACGAUUGAAACAAAAUCUGAUGAGUCUGAAGCCCAAAUCCUGAGUCAAAGUGAAUUAACUUCUCUAGAGCUGAGGGAAACCGUAUUUUCUUUCCUCAAAGGGAGGAUAAAACAAAACACUGCAUUCGAGAAAAAAAAUUUUUUAAGUGAAAAAGAGGAAAAAACACAAAAAGGAAAAUAAAAUUUAAAACAUGAAAAAAGGAGACAAUAUUUUAAAAAA